AGCGUUGACAGCAUUUGACAGAUUACCUUCUGAUUCACUCGCCCAUCACGCACAUUUUGUGAAUUUAUUGAAUUGCGACUUGCGUUGUGAUGGUGAUAUUCGUGUUAUUUCCCUAUUAUUCGUGAGUGGAGCAAUCAAACAGAAUUGCUAUUACCUCAAAUCCACACGCCGAUACUCCACUUGUUUCUAAGACUGACUACAACAACAACAUUACGAAAGUGUUCUAAGAUCUGUAACAGAAGUUUUUCUCCAAGUUUAGCUAUCGAAUAAGAAAGAAAAAGAAUAAUGGCAGAACAAAGUACUGAUAACGCUACCAGUGAAGUGGAGAACAAUUAUUCCACUCCAGCAAAUGAUCCUAAAAACAUGCAGGAAGUAACUCAAUACGUACAAUCACUUCUUCAAAACAUGCAGGAUAAGUUCCAAAGCAUGUCAGAUCAGAUAAUAAACAGAAUAGAUGAAAUGGGGACAAGAGUGGAUGAACUGGAGAAAAAUAUCACAGACCUCAUGACCCAGGCCGGGGUGGAGAAUGAAAAGUAAUGAAAGCUUCCUUGUUCAACCAAAGGGUUGAAAUAAUCAUCUUUUGUUAAUAUUCACCCAAAGAGAAUUGUGCCUCUGUCACAUACUUUGUAAUAUGUGUAAGUAAAAAACCACACAGCAUAAAAUGUUAAGAAUUAUUAAAUUUUGUAACACAUACUUAGAUGCUAGACACAUUAUUGGUUUAGAAUUAGGUUUCAUUUGUUGUUAAUAAAUUAGUGGGCACAUAAUUUUAUAACAAACUGUGACAAUACAUUAUUAAAUUAUAGGGGUGAGGUCAAAUAAGAUUAGUUGUUGUCUAAGCAGCAUUUGGUUUCAUGAUAUUUUGUGAAAUACAUAAUAAGUCAAUUCAUCAUUAACAUACCCAAAAAUAUUUUUAAUUAGAAUGUUAAAAUCAUUUCACCUCACCCUGAGAAUUUACCAGUUUCAUUUAUUUGUAAGUUCAUUAUUAUUACUGAAAGAUGUACUUUAUGUAUUGAUCAUAAGAUUUUUAAUGAAGCACCAUUAUUAAAAUGAAACAACUAGUUCAAAUACUUUGCCUGUAAGUUAAUUGUAGCAAGGAUAAAUUUGGAUGUUAGUAAUGCUAGAUUCAUGCAAACAAUUAUGUGAAAUAUUGUUAAAUCAAUAAAAACAUCUUAUUACUGUAUCAUACAUAUUGUACCAUUAAGUGCCAGGUAGUGUAUUGAUUUUAGACAUGGCUAUAAAGUGUACCAGGCACAGAGCAGGACCAGAUACAAGGAAAAUCAAUACAGCAUAACUCAAAAAGUAGGCAUGUUUGAAAUCCAUACAGAUAUGCAUAGAAGGAACCCAUACUUGUAAGAAUUAAGGUUAGUUGUGUAAUGAAAACAUGGGGCUGAUAUGUUUUAAAUUGGUUUAUAAAUUGUGUAAAAAGCAACAUUAGUAGCAUAAUGCCUUUCACUAUAUUACUUUGUUUAAAUUGCAGUUUUGAAGCUUUUGUUAUUACAUUAAUCCUUUAUGUUAGUAUGUUAUGUAUUACUCUGGCAUCAUGCAAAAGGAGUAACUAAAUUGUGAUCAUACCUAUUGGGGUAGAGCAGAUUUUAGUUAUUUUUGACUAAGAAAAGACAAAGAAAAGGACCUGCAUGUAUUUUUUAUUAUUAGUGGCUAAAGUAUUUUGUUUGUUUUGUCAUUGUAUAGUUUAUGAAGCCCAUGUAUUUAAUUCAAAAUUAUUGAAUUUCC